UUGUCUCCCUCCCUCCCGAGUAGAGGGGGGGCAGUUAAAAGCAGGGAACCUCGGUAACCUCUCCCCCCCCCCCCCCGGCCCGUGGGUCGCCCACGCUGGCGCCGCCGGGGGCUGCCUCCGCCUCGCAGGGCUUUCUGAAAAUAUUUGUUCCCAUGUAUAAAGAUGUCGUUAGUGGACCUCGGAAAGAGGUUGCUAGAAGCAGCUCGCAAAGGGCAAGAUGAUGAAGUUAGAACGCUAAUGGCAAAUGGUGCUCCUUUCACCACUGACUGGCUCGGGACAUCACCUCUUCAUCUUGCAGCCCAGUAUGGCCAUUAUUCAACAGCAGAAGUGCUGCUUCGAGCAGGUGUUAGCAGAGAUGCUCGAACCAAAGUGGACAGGACACCAUUGCAUAUGGCUGCAGCUGAUGGACAUACACAUAUUGUAGAACUUCUAAUUAGGAAUGGUGCUGAUGUAAAUGCCAAGGACAUGUUGAAGAUGACCGCCUUGCACUGGGCAACAGAACACAACCAUCGUGAUGUUGUAGAGUUGCUUAUAAAGUAUGGAGCUGAUGUUCAUGCUUUCAGCAAGUUUGAUAAAUCAGCCUUUGAUAUAGCCCUGGACAAGAACAAUGCAGAGACUCUGGUAAUGCUGCAGGAGGCAAUGCAGAAUCAGGUGAACAUGAAUCCAGAGAGAUCAAAUCCUGUCACAAAUACAGUGACUGUUGCCUCACCGUUUAUCCUUGCAUCAGGGGAAGUUCUCAAUCUUGCUAGUUUUGUUUCUUCAGCAAACACCAAAACAACCUCAGGUGAUUCCCGUGUAUCUACAGUGCAGUUUUCAAACUCAACAACCUCUGUGCUUGCCACACUUGCAGCCCUCGCUGAAGCAUCAGCUCCUCUUUCCAAUUCAAACAGAGCUACAGCUAACGCAGAGGAAAUAGUGGAAGCAAAUGCUGUAGAUUCUGCAAUACAACAGGUGGUUGGCAGUGGAGGUCAACGAGUCAUUACGAUAGUAACAGACGGCGUUCCACUGGGCAGUCUCCAAACAGCCAUUCCUACUAGUGGUAUCAGCCAGCCGUUUAUAGUGACCAUGCAAGAUGGACAGCAAGUUUUAACUGUACCUGCUGGUCAGGUUGCAGAAGAGACUGUUAUUGAAGAAGAUGAUGAUGAUGAUGAUGUAGAAGAGGAACAUCCACCAGCAAAGAAGCAAAAAGUUGACCAAAAUGUAAAUGAUUUGGAGGAAAACCAGGACGAUAGUGAAAGGGAAAUGUUACAGCAGCAGUUGCACGAGGCAAACAGAAAGGCGCAAGAAUAUCGAAGCCAGCUGAUGAAGAAAGAACAAGAAGCAGAGCAAUACCGGCUAAAGCUUGAAGCCAUGGCAAGACAGCAGCCCAACGGUGCUGAGCUUACAGUGGUUGAAGAGGUUGCUGAGGUGGAUGCGGUUGUGGUAUCAUCAGAGGAAAUGGAAGAGUCUGCAGCCACUGUGGUGGAAACAGAGCAGCCUACUGACAUUGCUGUGGAAACUGUAACGGCGUAACCUGCUGGUUACCAACUCCGUUUUUAAAGGAAAAACAUUAUUUUAAAGGAGAUGCUGUUGACAAGCAACAUUGUGAGCUAACUGGUCUAUUGAAGACCCUCCAUACAACUGGAAUAUUGAAGAACUGAACUGCUUGUGUGGUUCCAUUCAGAGGGAUAAAAUCUCUCCUGCAGCUCAUAACAUUAAUCUGCUUUGAACACAAAGCCAAAGGUGCUUUUAUAGUUUGAUGUUGAGAGAAAGGUAUUUUAAAAAGUACCCUAAUAAAUUUAGCCAGCAAGUGACCACCAAGCUUAUUUUGUAACGUAGGUCUAUAAUAUGGGAGGGAAAAAGGUGGGUGGGUGGCAAAAGAAGUACCUCAUUGCCAAAGUGGCUGGUAAUAGCGCUCAGCUGCCCUGAAUUUACUGCACUGAAAACAAAUUUUAUGCAAUGACAUAUUUGCACCCUUGUGUGUAGUUAUCAGAUUGGAAACCAUGAUUUGGAGUCUCACAAACAGUCUGUUUGGGGAGUAUAAACUUUUCAUUAAAAAGCUGGCUUUUAUUGGAAAGCAAACGUUGUUUCUGAAAUAAAACACUAUUGACAGUAUCUUCCAAAGCGCUUGGAGAGAAGGUGAAAAAUGGAUUGGUCUUUGUAGAUAACAUUUGUUUCAAAAAUGAAUCCAAAAUACAGCACUCUUAGAAAAACAAAGCACAGGCGAAGUUUGCAUGAGCUCUUUAGCGUUUAAGUAAUUUGAGAUAUCAGGGAAUAUUAAAACUGCCUUUUUUGGUCUGUUUUUGAAAGCGCUGUCUACAUCUGAACCCUUGACUACCUAAAGGGAUACCAGGUAAAAAUUAGACCCUUCAGUUUUAUGAAACUCGGUCAAGUUUUCUUUUUAGCAUUUUUGUGCUAUUCAGUGGCACCAACUGUUUAUAUUUGCAAAAUAAAAUGUCUGUGAAGUUGUGUUAUAAGACAGUCUGAGAGGUUGGUAUGUUUCUGUUUGGAAGUGGGUAGGCAUCUCACAGCUUUACUAAUCAAAACUGUCCAUUUUAAAUAUACUAAAAAAAAUUUUUUAAACAAGUGACUGAUCUUACUAUUAAAUGUCUAUUUGUUUGCAGACCCAGAGAGUAAAUAAGUUACCUAUAUGUGUUGCCUGUUGCAGGCUGAGAGAUUGUAUUUUAAAGUGAGAGACAUGUAUUACAUGCAGAACUGUCUGUCUUUUCUGUUACAAGAUUGAAGCAAAAUUAUUGGAAGUGCUAUGAUUAACUGUGGGAGCUGUUGUUUACAGUAUGGUAGACUUAAUUAAUGAUCACAAGUAAAGCAAUUUAAAUUGAGGAAAAACUUCACAAGAAUGUAGCCUGACCAGUUUGCUGCAGAGUUUAAAAAGUAUUAAAUCUCUUCUAGCUUGAAAAACUGAUACUGCUUUCUUGACAAGUUUUGAAAAAUCUGUCUUCCCUCUAAGGCAAGUAUCGUUAAAUUCAUGACUUCAGUUUGCAUAAUGCAGCCUCUCCUGCUUAAGUUCUGUUUGUGAGGAUUGACAGUAUUCAUGGUGGUAGUUCAAUUUCAUGGUUGCAAAGGUUUGUCUUGUAUUGUUCUUAUUUCCAGCAGCGUGUGUCCAGAUAAUGUGGUUUUGUGUUGAUACAAAUACCUCUUUUAUUAUAAUUCUUUUCUAGCAGACAUGCCCAUGUUAGGACAUGUGAGAUGAAUCAUGCAGAGACUUUUUUUAGUCCACAAAGAUACUAACUUCUGGAAUCCUGGCCAUGGUCAUAGGUGAAAAUGAAUUGGCCUCUAUGUAGGGGAGACUGGUUCACAUCAGAAAAGCCUAGCUCAAGUUCAUAGGAUAGUCAUGGCUCAAGAGUGGCUUUGAAUUGAUAGCAAUGACAUUGCAGGUCAUGUCCUGGGAGGAGCCAGGGAGGCCUAUUUGAAUCAGGUUUUGCUCUGUAUGGUGCUGUUAGCCUCUCGCAUUAAUGAGCAUGAGAUUGGCAUACAUUUUUUUUUAAAUGUAACUUCAGCCUGUCUUUGCAGCUUGAAUUCUAUAUCUAUUCUAAAGCCUUUGCAUUGAAGCAUUUGAUCCGUUUCCUGUUCAAAGUGAAUUGCCUCUGUUCACUCAAGAAAUGGGAAAGAUUGAAGCACCUCACAAAUUCUUUUUGACCAUGCAUUUUGGCCUAACAGUUCUCCAUUUAUAGAUAUUGUACCAAAUUCAACCAUUACAUCCAUGCCCCCUCAUUGUCUCCGCUUGGAUUGAAUGGUUGAAAUAGAGCAGAAUUUGAUAUACAUCCACACUGCAGAGUACAUCUGUAAGUUGUAUUUAUUCUGUACAUAUGCUUACAGUGCAAAGCUUCUUGUAGAUAGUACACUGUGUCCUUAGAAAUGAAGGAAGAACUAUCCAUUGUAAUGAUGGAUUAAUAUAAGUCAAAUAGUUUUAAUUUAGUAGUCUUAUUAGAAAAAGAGUCACUUCUGAACAGGGAGGUUUCUUGAUUAGGAGAAAAGCGUUGUUUAGUUUUAAUUUGAAAGAGAGAAUUGUAGAAGCUAGGUCUCUUCCAACUCUGUUUGGUUAGCAGUCCAUAUCCCUAUCAAUACAAGACUACUAUAUUUUCUGAGGUUUUUCUAGUGUUAAGUGGCACAAAACUGGGGUAUCUGCCAGUUAGGCUUUGGAAUAAUUUCCUUCUUGAUUUCAUAGUCUGGAGUUUUCUCCUUGUCUGGAUGGUUUAUUUUGUUUAGCACCCCAUCUUCCCCCAAAGUCAGUGUUGGUUGCUGGAGUCAUGAAUCAGUAAGUAGGGGAUCUUACAUCGUCACUCUGAUCGAAUCUUUGUGCAGUUUCAGUGGAAGCCAUGAGAGGGACUUUGACUCCUUGUUAGUAGAAGAUAGAGUUUGACUCUCCUAUGUAAAUUUUCCUCUAUUUAGUUCUUGUGGAUAGAAGGUAACAGUGAAGAGGCCCAGACUUUUAGAAUCAAGCAUUGGGCUUUGGACAGCAGCUUCAGAAUGCGAAACAAAAAGGGCCCGAUUUCUUUGAUAAAACCAAUCACUGCUAAAAUAUCAUUCUAUGAAUCUUGGUAGUGUCUAGAUUCCUCAGUUGGGAUUGAGGACAUGUUGUAAUAGGCGCUGUACAAAUGUACAGAAUGCAAUGCCUACCCAACUAGUGAUCUAAGAAAGGACAAGCCAAGCAAAGGCUGGUCAGUGAUAUAAACCCAGUUAAAAUAGCUGUUGAAAUUAAUUUAAAUGUUGCAAUAAGUUGCAUUUCACCAAACUUCGAAGAGUCGUCUUGGUAACAAUUAAGAAUCAAAAUGCAAGAUUCAGGAAAACAUGCUGUCAGUCCUCUUGCAGCUGGAUUGGGGAUAGGAAAGAAGCUGGUUUAUAAAAUGGAGAGGGGAAGGGGGUGGAUGUGGGCCAAAGUCAUGAACGGUUUGUUGGAAAGAGUUUAACAUGUAAUCUUAUGGACACUUGCUAUUUGCAGAACAUACAGGUAAGAGUGUAAUCUGCCAUACUGCAGAGAGACAUCAUAGUAGCAGUGUCAGUAAUGGAACUCAUCACACUGUGAAUUCAGGGCCAUCUUGACUCUCAAUUAUAUAUCGAUUCAAAAGCAAUAAGGAGGGUGGUUGCACCAUUUGUGCAUAUACCCAAAGUAGGAAGUGUGUCCCAUAUUCCACUUUCUUUUAACAUAGUGGGCCAGAGUCACCCCUGCUAUAACCCCCCUAAAAUCAGUGGAGUUACCAAGAUGAAUUUGGCUGUGUUUUCAUCACUUAUUGUAGUGCAAUUAAAACUUAAUAGUCCAUAAAUUUCAGAAAUGUUUCCUUUGGUCUUUGAAAUAUUGUGCAAUUUAAAGAUAUGCCCUUGCAGUCCAGUCCAAGCAGAAAUUAUGUGAUGUGGUUUUUCUUGUUUAAAACAGCUGGCUACAUUUUAACAGUAUUUUAUUGGUGGUUUUCACUAACUGCUUUAGGAAAGACUUAUGAAACUACUUUCUUUGUAUUGUAAAAUCUACCAUGGGUCUUACUGGUUUUAUGUAUCAAAGUGCAUUUAUUUAUAAGCAGCGUAACUAUUUAUAAAAAGACUUUUUAUAUCUUUUUCAAAAGAUGUUUUGAGGAAGGCUUUAAUAAUGGAUUUUUAAAAUUUAAUGAUAGUUUGGAAAAACAGGACUCCUACUUAUUUUACGUUUUCACUAUAUACUUCAAUAUUAUAAAAAAAGAACCAGUGUUUCCUCUGAAUUGAAAAAUACAUUCAUUUCCUUCGUUUUGUUUUCUGUACGUUACAAUUGUCUGAGCUGAUAUUCUUUAUUGUACACUGUGAAAUUGCAUCACAAGGAUAAUCCAGAGAGAGAUUGAUUUAACAUGUUUACAGAUUUAAAGGGACACUGUCAAGUUUAAAAUUACAUUUGCCUGAAAAUUGUGCCUACUGUAGUUACUUGCAAGACCUAAGAUUACAAUAACUGAAAAGCUGGCAAAAAAAAGUCUGCAUUUGACAGCACUUUGUGUAUAGUCAUUUUAACUGUUUUCCCCUAUGUUGUCUCAGUUUUGCUUAAAAGACCCUUCUACUGGGAAACAGAUCUCUCCCUUCCCUCUCCCCACCCCCCAAAAAAAAAAAUCUGAAUAUGCUGUUUAAGAGGACGGGGAUUUAAAAAUGAGUCAAUUUUUUAAAGAAAAAAAGCACAGUAUUAAUUUUGUAUGGUGUGAAAAAUUCACCAUUUUGUUUUAUUUCAGAAGUUUUCAUGCACCAUGUCUGAAAGGUGUCCAGCAUUCGAAAAGACGAUUUCCAACUUUUGUAUUCCCUUAUCCAUGGCAGUUAUAUGAUGAACGCUGGCUUUUGAACAGAGAGGCAGUACUGUAUUCUGGUUAACAUAAGGCUAGAUGAGGCUACAUAGCUAUUUUAUGCCCUGUUCUUAAAUAAGGGGCAAGGAAAAAAUGUAAAAAUUUGUUGUAAACCCAGAUCCUGUCAGCCCUUAUUCAUAUGAGCAAUGUUAUGCAUGUGAAUAGUCCCACUGAAAUUAUGCCUGGGUGUUUGCAGGAUAAAGGCCUGCAUUAGCUCAUCUCGUCCAAACCCUACAGAUUUUUAAUUGAGCAAUGACAAGGAUUACAAAAAGUUUAAAGGGCUUAUUUUAGGCUUUCAUCUUAACCUGUGUGCAGAAAGGGAGCUGUCUGUACAUAGCACUUAUUUAAAAAAAGAACAUAAUCCUCCCACACACCCUGCCUGAAUUUCCAACUCAAGAGACCAAUUUACAAGUUGUUUUAUUUUGGGUUUUGCAUUUCUGAGUGGGAGAGGCAGGAGAAAUUUGACUGGUUUCAAAUGAACAUUAUUCAAGUGUUAUUUUUAACUUGGGUUCUCCUUUUUUUUAAUAUUAAGAUUUUCUUUUUUUAGGUGACUAAAUGCUGCGGAAAAGAAUCCCAGAAUGGAAACACAACAUUUAGCAAUUUAAUGGGUCUGCGCACACAGUCUUUACUCAGGUAAAACUCUUUGAAAUCCAUGAGGUUUGCCUGAGUCCUGACUGUAGGGAUUAGGUUUCCACCUGCAAUCUAGUUUAACUCACAUCCAUUUAGCAUGUUUCUCAUAUGAGGUGAACAUGAUCUGGUUGUAAUUGGGAGAGAAGUUGAAUUGUGCCCGUGUCUGUUUCUGCAUCAGUGGUUCCAUUAUUCUAAACUGACUUAAACUGCAAAACUUCUCCAGAGGAGAGGAAAAGGUCAUUAAUCAGGUCAUGUAAACUUUAACCAAACUGUUAGAUUCCUUUAGCUUUUAAAUAAUGAAUGCCCACCCAAAAAGCUCUUGUGUGCUCUGAUGGGAAAUUCCCAUAGGGGAGUAACUUAAAGCCAUUCUGGUAUAAUUCCCCUGUGUGGAUACAUUUUUGUUGUCAAAUAGUGUCCUCGUAGGGAGUUACACCAGACCAGUUAUUCCACUGCAGCUGUGCUGGGUAACUUCCCCAUGUUGACAAGGUCUUAGGUUACAUCUUCACUGCAGUAAAAGACCCACUGCAUGGCUGUGGCUGGCCCAGAUCAGCUGGCUUGGGCUUGGGCUGCAGGGCUCCCCCUGAACCCAAAUGUCUACACUGCAAUUUUUAGCCCUGCAGCAAAUCCUGUGAGCCUGAGUCAGUUGACCCAGGCUCUGAGACUUGGUGCUGUGGGUUUUUAUUGCAGUGUAGACCUACCUUCAGUCACUUAACAAAGAUCUCUUGGAGUUUUCCUUUACUCUGCCACCUGCAUGAUCUGACCAGUGUUUCCUGGCUUAUCUUGAGGCUUGCAGUUCUCUGGAGAGAAAUGCUCAGGUUCUGCAACCUUACCCAUAUCAGAUCAGAAUCCCUAACAUCCUAGGGGUUGUGAGUAUAUUUGUUAUCAUUAUGGCAAAAUCCUAUUUGCCACUUCAUUACAAAAACUCCAUUACAAAUCCAAUUAGCACUGUGAUUAAGCAUUUAAGUGCCCAGAAUUGUAAAAGAUUCUUAAUAGCUUUAUGUACAGGAUGCCUUUAGAAAGCUUAAGUAUUCUUUUUAUAUUUAGAAUGUUUUCAAAUGUUAAAUUUAAAUGUUUAUAUAAAUUUUUGUACUAUGUUUCUUAAUAAAAUGCCAGUCGUGUA